GUGUGAACAAUUCAUGAGUCGUGUCCUACUUAUAAUUUCUCCCAACUUGCGGCCCCAGUGGUCAUGGGAUUACGUUGGCACGCUUUCAUCUCUUCACAACAGUGCUUAAGCCCGGAAAAGACGACGUGUACACCGUGCAACCUGCGUAGAAAAUGAUUCCCUCGUGGCCGGUGGAUCUUCGAUCGAUCAACCUGAUCAACUUCUUGUUCGUGAAUCUGAUCUUGACCGUGGUGGUGCUGGGUGGUUUGUUGGCGACAAUUGAGAAACAUCUUCCCACCGCCAUUCGGCAAACGUUCCGGUACGGCAAGCACGCACUCAAGGAUACACCGCCUGAUCGUCUGGUGUCGCUGCUGGAAGUGCCGAAAGCAUGGUUUAAGCACUUCUACAUCUUUGCUGCCCUGUGGUCGGUGGCCGGGUUCUACUACAUGCUGCAGGCCUACCUGACCGGCCGUCCCGCUCCCGAUUAUGUGAUCAACUUUCUCGACACGAUGGCCACCAAUCGGCGCACGGUGCGCACCACCCCGACUGAGACGAUGGUCGCGAUGACGCUCAUCACGAUGCAGUGUUUGCGGCGCUUCUACGAAACCUGGUUCGUGCAAGUGUUCUCUACCAAGCUGAAGAUCAACCUGUCCGCCUACCUCGUGGGAUACAUACACUACUUUUGCACCAUCGUCACGAUACUGUCGCAAGCAGAGGGAUUCACCCGGGCCGGCCCCAUUGCACUACCCACCAAUGCGUACCGUUUCGAACCAAGUCUGGCGCUAGCCAUCGCAAUCGGAGCAUUCUUCUACGCCUGGCUGCACCAGUACCGAGCGAACGUAAUUAUGGCGAAUCUCCGCAAGGAUCGUACGGGCCGAGUGAUCAGUCAGAAGCACAGCCUACCGACGGGAGACUACUUUGAGGUCGUUUCCUCACCCCACAUGUUCUUCGAGAUCGUGAUGUACGUGGUAUUGUUCGGAAUUCUGCACCGCAACACCUCGAUGGUGUACGUGCUGCUGUGGGUCGUUUCGAACCAGCUGAUGAACUCCUGGCUCACGCAUCAGUGGUACAUCGAACAGUUCCCUGACUAUCCCAAGCAGCGACGAGCAUUGAUACCGUACGUGAUUUGAGGCUCGCCGUCGCGGUUCCAGUUUUCAAUCGGUGCCGGUAACAUUUACACAUUUUUUCAUGGUGCUAUUCGGUUUAUAAGUAAUUAUACAUUCUCCGUCUGUCGAGAAACAAUAA